CCCUCGAGUCCCGCCGGUUCAGAACUUCAGGAGACCAGACGACCAUCCUCCACACUCAGCAUGGGGGCGUUGGGACUGCUGCUGCUGCUGGGGCUCCUCUCCGGGGGGUCUGCAGUGAUUCACUCUCUGAGGUAUUUCCACACGGCGUCGUCUGGCCUCUCAUCCUUCCCAGAGUUUGUGGCUGUUGGGAUGGUGGAUGAGGUUCAGUUUGUUCACUAUGACAGCGUCAGUAAGAGAGCCGUACCCAAACAGGCCUGGAUGGACCAGGUCCGCACAGAGGACCAAGACUACUGGGUGAGGAAUACUGGAAGAUAUCAGGGUAACCAGCAGGUCUUCAAGGGCAACGUAGAGACUGCUAAGAAGCGCUUCAACCAGACGGGAGGUGCCCACGUGUUUCAGGUGAUGUCUGGCUGUGAGUGGGAUGAUGAGGAUGAUACUACUGAUGGUCAUCACCAGCAUGCCUACGAUGGAGAGGACUUCAUAGCGUUGGACCUGAAGACCCUGACCUGGGUCGCUCCAGUACGUCAGGCUGUCCCCACCAAACUGAGAUUGGAUCAGAAUAGAGCUCUGAAUCAACACUAUAAGAACUACUACACCAAGGAGUGUGUUGAUUGGCUGAAGAAGUACCUGGCCUAUGGGAAGAGCACUCGGCAGAGAACAGAGCGUCCGCGGGUGUCUCUGCUCCAGAGGAGCCCCUCCUCCCCAGUGGUGUGCCAUGCUACAGGCUUCUACCCUGACAGGGUGGUGGUGUUCUGGAGGAGAGACGGCCAGGAGCUCCAUGAGCAGGUGGACCCCGGGGAGGUCCUCCCCAACCACGACGGGACCUUCCAGGUCAGCGUGGACCUGGACCUCACGGCCGUCCCACAGGAGGACUGGGGGAGGUACGAGUGUGUGGUCCAGCUGAGAGGCAUCGAGGACAUCUCCACCCCCCUGGACCCCGCCCUCAUCAGGACCAACUGGGGGAAGACUGGGAGGGACGGAGGUCUCCCGGGGCCCUUCCCCGUCUCUGGCUCUGUGGCGGGGGCCCUCCUCCUGGUUGGAGCUCUGGUCCUGGCGGGAGUCUGUUGGUACAGGAAGAGGAACGGUUCAGCCAAACGUCCAGCAGCUGGUUCUGACACCAGCUCUGAGAACCCUGAGGGACAGAAACAUCUUCUGGCCCCGACCCCUGACCCCAAGAGCUGAAUGAUGAAGAGGCUUCUCGUUGGAGGAUUGAUCAUCAUUCAUAAUCCUGACCAUCAGGCGUGGGGCUCAGAUCGCCUCAGACUCAACGACAACACUCUGACUCACUUUGAUCUGGAAAACAACAAUUAAUCCCUAAGAAAGCUUAAAUAAAGGAAAUCAUUGUCUACUCUUAUUACAGUAUAACUAAGUGAUUAUUACCGACUAUAAUCACUGUCAUAUUCCAUUAAGUUGUACAUUUGAUAAUUUGUUGAGUCAUUGGUUGACUCGCCGAUCUGUAACUGAUGCUUUGAAACCAUGGCAACAUGAUCUCCCUCAUGAGCGGCCAUCUUAGUUAGGAUGCGGUUGCUCACCGCAUAACGUUGGUUUAACGUGUGGGUUUAUAAUGUUUAAGAUGUUUAAUAUGAUAUUAUUAGGAUUAUUAAGGGGCCGUAAUCCAGACCGUUGAUUCAGACUGUCCUUGGCCCUAAUUAAUCCUUCUUUAAUACUAUGUAAUAUAUAUAUAUAUAUAUAUAUAUAUAUAAAAUAAUCAUUAUCAGUCUUUUUGGAAAAUAUUUUAGAGUUGCUAGAAUACACUGGUCUUGUGGGACUUAUAAUUAAAAUAUUAUAAGCUGUUUUUUCUUUUUGCUGUAAAUAAAGUUUCAA